AGUCAAGGUCAACAUGGUCAUCUCAUGAUCAUGGUAUAUAUUAGUUGCAAUUGGCUAAUUUUAAUUAGAGUGACCAAUCAGGAAACCACACAUGAUAGCACCAUUGCAUGUGAGGGGACGCUUGGUCUUUUACGAUUUCGUUUUGAAAGCUGCUAGACGCCAUUUUGUGAUUUCAAGAGAAAAAGCCAAUUCUGUUAACUUUAGAAGUUUUCCCAUAGCUGAAGACGAUUUCAAGUUUGGAAAAGAGUGUUGGGAGUUACAGACUUCAUUUACAAGGUAUUAGGCCAUCCUAUUUACAUUUUUUAUACCUUUAUUCGAAUCCGAAAUACUUGUAUCAUAUUUUGAGAAAAACUAAUUCAAUUUUAAGGACAUUAUGGUUCAUACAGUUUUAAUUUUUGGUCACUCAUUCGUACGAAGAUUAGAUUCCUUUUUAUAUAGGAAUCGCGAGUUUGGUUGGUAUAAUUUGGGUUUCGAUGGUACUGAAAUUCAAGUGGAAUUUGCAAGCUUGGGAGGAGGUACUUUACGACCGGGACCUAAAUGCAUUCAAAAAGAAAAUUUUAUGCACAUAUUUCACACUUUUAAACCAAACACAGUUUUUAUGCAGAUCGGCGGUAAUGAUUUAACACAGGAAAAUAACCCAGACAAAUUAGCGCGCGAUAUCGUCUCGUUUGCUGAUUACGUUAUUACUGUCUAUGGAGUAAGUCACGUGGUCAUAGGUCAAUUAAUGCCGAGGUAUUCCGGAAGUUCCGGUCAUGACUAUAACGAAAAGGUAAACAAAGUGAAUCGUUGGUUACAUUUAGCAUUGAAAGGCCGGGAGAAUAUUACUUUCUGGCAUCAUCGAGGACUUUGGAAUAAUACUGCAUCGUUAUUAAUAGAUCAAGUUCAUUUAAAUAAUGAAGGCAUGCUGAUUUAUGCUAAAAAUAUGCCAACUCAGAGAUCUAGAGUGAGGAGGAGGGUGGCACCUACAGAUCUAAGGGAUGUUGACCCUGUUCCAGUCAUCCCUGACACAGUUGCACCACAGCCAAGACGGCGAAAGCGUGCAAGGGCUGAUACCACUCAAGUACCAGCUGGACGACCCGUUCCCCCAGUGCAGCAACCAGCAGAACCAAUACCACAGAUUCCUGUUACGCAUCUGUCAGCAGACCAAAUAGCUGCUGCAAUGAUUAGCCAGCUAAAAGAUUCUGGUGUGCAACUUACCGUCAACAGGGAACCAGUACCUGUAACAACAAACUUUCUGGCAAAUUAUUUAACAGAUGGAUUUUCGCAUGAGAACACUGGGAGAAGGGACUUACCCAAUGCAGAACCAAUACAAAGUGCUGAAAGUCAACCAAAUCCAUCAUAUGUAUUGGCACCACCACUAGUAACGGACCCUGAUGUGUUAGCGUACACAGGUCAAGACGCAGUUGAUGGUCCGUCACAUGCUUUAGGAAUUGACAAUUCGGCAAUGGGUAAAACAGCUUCAUAUAUUUUACAGAACACUUUACCUCUAGGUUUCAAUGUUGAUGAAAAACUAAGGAGAGACAUUUGGUCAGAUUUAUAUCUGGAUUUGAUAAAACUUUCACCAAAUUUUAAUGAUGAGGAAAAUGAUGACAUUCUGUUUAGUACAAAAUCUGUUAAAAUUUCAACAACUGCAAAGGCAAAACAGUUAACCAACAUUCACCAAUGGACAGCAGCCUUCGAUAUCUUUAUGUCUAUUCAUCAUGUUAAAUUUCCUCAUUUAAUUCUCAGUUUGAUCAAAUAUGCUUAUAAUAUAAGGGCCAUGUCAAAACAAUUUGGUUUUCACAUGGCUAGGUCAUAUGACGAGGCUUUCCGCAGGGUACGCAAAGUGAUGAGGUUUGAUUGGUCUAAUGUAAAUGAUGAUUUAUGGCGUACUGCCUUUUAUGAGCAUUUCAAUAGCAGUCAAACCCCAAACGGUAACACUAAUAAUAGAAUAAAUAGGCAGGUUGGAACUUCUCCCUUUCCAAGACAGGCUCAGCAGCAAAAUAAUCCAUUCCCAAUGGGGUACUGCUGGGCCUACUGCAGAUCAGGAGAAUGUGCCAACAUUGCAACUUGCAAACUUAGACACGAAUGUGUCAGAUGUUCCAAAAAACAUGCAACAGUUUCAUGCAGGGAAGGGUCAUCAAAAUUCAACAAGUCUGCCUACACCAGUAAGGGUAAAUAAGCUUAACCAUUUUCUUCAGGGAUAUGACAGUAAUCUGAAAAAUAGAUUGGUUCAUGGUUUCAAAUUUGGGUUUAAGUUAAAUUCAUCCUUAAUUCAAACAGAUAAAAAUUUUCCUAAGAACCACAAAAGUGCCAGAGAGAAUCCUGACAUAGUAAAUAAGAAAAUUUCAAAGGAAAUUUUAAAGGGUAGGUUAAGGGGGCCUUUUAAAGACCCACCGUUUGAAAAUUUCAUUUGCUCACCUUUAGGUCUAGUUCCCAAAAAAGAGGAAGGUUCAUUU